CUGGAGGUCAAAAUGCGCGGCUAUUUUGUUAGCAUAACGUGGCUGGUGUAAAUGCUUAAAAUAACUAACUUUAUUGGAAUCCACCGAGCUCUUGAGCAUUUAUUUCCCAACAUUCCCAAUUGCACUGGCUGCUGUCAAGCCCAUUUUACUCUCGAUCUAGCCACUGUCAAAGAAUGUUUCAAACGAAAACCAGUUUAAUUUGAGCCAAACUGCCAAUUGUUACAACUUUGCUUUGAAACAAACCGCUUUGACCAGUCCUUGUUAAAAAUCCUCGUUCAAAAUCCAGCAAUGUCAAGUGAUGGUCGAUUGGGUAAGAUCCUGGAGACGUUGGAGAGUCUCCUCCUGGACAGCAGCUCGCGCCAGGUGCGUGUAAUGCUGGUGGGCAUGAAGGGGUCUGGGAAGAGUCUGUUCCGCCAGGUGUUGUUCCACGAGGCAGGCGACGAGAGACUGAGGGAGAAGUUCAAUGAGUUGGAGAGGAAGAGGAAGGGCAGUGAUGGAAUUGCGAGGACUUGUGUCACUUUGAACGACAGGAGUUCGGUGGACAUAGCGUACAAGCGGUUUGAAGAGGAAGAUUACGAGUGGGAGGACAAGAGUGUGAAGCUGCACAUUGUGGAACCGGACAACGAGAUCAGAGACGAGAAACAGAUCAUGGCCAUGUUGCAACACGUGGACGCCGUCGCCGUCUUCCUCGAUUGUGCGGAGAUGAAGGGUAAGCAUGAUUUUGGAGCGAAUGGGUGGCUGCCGUAUUAUGAGAAGCUGGACCAGUUCCCACCCAUGCUCUUCAUCUACAACAGGAAGGAUCCCAAGGCAAGGAGUGCCUCCCUCAGCAAAGACGGGGCAAGAUCAGUGCUGAACUACGAAAAAAUCAUCAGUAAAUCGCGCUACCAGAUUUUGGAGCUGGAGUUGGACAAUGUGACUUCGGAGAGAAACAGGACGGCCAUAGUAAGCGCCUUACUGAGACAGGGGACUCUGGAUGCUGCACUAGCAAUGCCGAAGCCAAAUCCCAAGGUUAUUGUCGACAUGGAUGCCAUACCGAAACGAAGUGUGCAGGCAGCCUAAAUAUUCAAAUGAAUGAAAAAUUCUACUACAGCGCAUUCAUCUCCAGUUUUAAGGCUCGCAUCAAUUAGCGUGUUUCAGUUUAUAACGAUAAAUAACAUUGGCUCAACUUGUUCCAAGAAAAAGCGUUUGUGCUGAAUGGAUUAUUUAUCGGAGAAACACGCUUUUAUGAUUCCCCAGUGAUGUAAUUAGAAUAAACCAUAGAUUGAAAGUAUUUUGAUUUUCAAUGCCUUUGCACUUGUAGUGUAGAUUAUUGUUUUCCCUUUUGCACUCUUAACUUCUCGAGACUAAAUAAAGAUACUUUGACCA